AUGGCGGCCCGCAGUGCCUGUGUUUGGGCGGGUCUGGUGUUUGAGCAGGUUGGUGGUUUCUUCAAAAGUGGCCACACCAACAACUGGGCUGUGUUGGUGUGCACCUCCAGGUUCUGGUUUAAUUAUCGUCACAUCGCCAACACCCUGUCUGUGUACCGCAGUGUCAAGAGACUGGGGAUUCCUGACAGUCAGAUCAUUCUCAUGCUGGCAGAUGAUAUGGCCUGCAAUCCCAGGAACCCUCGACCUGCUACUGUGUUCAACAAUGCCAACCAGCACAUCAAUGUGUAUGGAGACAAUGUGGAGGUGGACUACAGGGGGUAUGAGGUUACAGUAGAGAACUUCAUCCGAGUGCUGACCGGCCGUCUGCCUCCCAGCACACCUCGCUCCAAACGUCUGCUCACAGAUGACAGGAGUAAUGUACUGGUCUACAUGACGGGCCAUGGAGGCGAGGGUUUCCUGAAGUUCCAGGAUGCAGAGGAAAUCUCAAACGUGGAGCUGGCAGACGCCUUCCAGCAGAUGUGGCAGAAAAACAGGUAUCAUGAGCUUCUGUUCAUGAUUGACACCUGCCAGGCAGUGUCCAUGUAUCACAAGUUCUACUCACCCAACGUCAUCGGCAUUGGCAGUGCUCAAGUUGGGGAGGACUCCCUCUCACAUCACGUGGACCCUUCCAUCGGAGUGUACAUCAUUGACCGGUACACCUACUACCUGUUGGAGUUCCUGGAGACGGUCACACCCGACAGCAAGAAAACUCUGGCUGAUCUGUUCCGUGUGUGUCCGAAGCGCGUGUGCGUGUCCACCCCCGGAGUGCGGACUGACCUGUUCACCCGCGACCCCAACUCUGUCCUCAUCACAGACUUCUUCGGCAGCGUGCGGAACGUGGAGAUCACCAGGCAAACCGUCACUCUACAGCGUAACGACACAGCGCAGACAUGCAGGUAG